AUGUCAAGGGCUCCCAUACUCAUAAACGAUCUGGUCAAGGGGAACCAAGUCUGGAAAAUGCUGAUUAGGGUUGUUGAUCUUUGGGUUGUUAAUGAGAAAAAUGGCAAUCAACACCUUGAGAUGGUCAUUCAAGAUGUAAAGGAUGAUAAGAUUCAUGUGACAAGUUGGAACCGAGAUUUCAAAGAUUGGUUUGAACAAGUGAAGGAGCAUGAGACUUAUAUUAUGUAUAACGGAGAGCCCGUGGACAACGAAGGUCCUUUAAAAGUCUGUUCUCAUCCACUCAAGCUCGUCCUGAACGGAGGGACUACGAUGAUGAAGGCGGCGUUGCCCGACAUACCAACCCACAACUACAUACUUUUGAUUCUGUUAGGUCACAUGUCCAUGAAUGAAAUUGUUUCUAAUGUUGGUUUACUUGCUUCAUACUUUUUAGAUGUGAUAGGGGUGUUGCAAGAUGUUGUUAAGACUCAAAUGGGCGGUGGUAAUAGGAAAUCUUGUGUCAAUAUUACCUUGCGUGAUGUCGAAGGGAAUGUUAUCGAGGUGGCAUUAUGGGAAGCUUACGGCAAGCAAUUCAUGAACUACACUACCCCGAACAACACUUCUGGACCUACAGUUAUCGUUUUGACCCAUGCCUGGUGCAAGCCAAAUUCUGACUCUCUUCCUUACAAAUCUUUGUCUUGCAUUAUAGUUUCCGGUCUUCCGUCUCUUUCGAAUGCAUGGAAUGGAUCUAGACUUCUCAUUAACUUCGACCAUCCACAAGUGGCAGAUUUCAAAGCUAGUUUUGGAACUACUGAUUUAACUGGUAUACCUGACCUUUCCCAAUCAUUAACCUGCGAUUCUUCCAUUCAAUCUGCAAACAAGUUCUGGACUAACUUGAGUGAGGUCAGGAGUAUCCAUGCAAUCGCUGCGCCAGGAAAGGAUUCUUACGCAACGACUAUUGGCACUACCGUCGGUUUCAAAGCUUCCAAGAAUGGAUGGUAUUUUGAGUCUUGUGCUGGGUCAUCUGGAAAUACAGAUGCUGAACCUGUCAUAAAGUUCAAAGUUGAGGUUGAAGUUGUCUAUGGUGACCACAAUGGAACAUUUGUUUUUUGGGAUAAGGAUUGUAUUCCUUAUACAAAAAUGACUGCUAGGGAAUUGAGAGAGGUUAUGAAAGAGGCAGGAGAAGACAAUCCUAAAAUUUGGCCUGCUCAUCUAGAUGCUUUGUUGAAUAAAGAAUUUGUGUUCCGUGUCAAGUAUCAACAACAAUACCGACAAUUUUCUAUCGUUAAAAUACUUAACGAGGAGGGCCUUUACGCCAAAUUUGACAAAUACCUCACUCCAGAUGAGACCAUGCCACAACAGAACACUCUUGAAACAUCCACCACUGCUCCUAUACUUAUUCCUAACCAACUCACACAGACUUCAGAGCAAUCAAUCUGUGUUGAGCCUUACUCGGCUGCUAACCCGAAUUCGAGCCCAGAGGCAAGCUCCAACAGUACUCCAGCCAAGAGGGGAUCAGAGUCAACCUCGGUUAAUGAUACGAUCCAGGCUGAAGAGAUCACUCCCAAACAAUCCGCCACUAAGGCCAAGACUGGAAGGAAGCUUAAGCAUUUGAAGAAAGAGUAA